AGAGCGCGCCUUCCAGUGGCGUUUCUCUGCCGGAGAGGACGGACGCAGUAGCCAUGAGCUCGGCAGCCACCUAUUUCCGCUCGCCGCCCGCCUUGAUCCCGGCCAAGAGGCUCCACUUGCCCGAAGGGGUGGCCUUGCCCCCCGGAGACUACAGCACCACCCCCGGGGGCACCCUCUUCGGCACCACGCCGGGAGGUACACGCAUUAUUUAUGACCGUAAAUUUCUAAUGGAGUGCCGUAAUUCUCCUGUGGCCAAAACUCCACCGUGUGAUCUUCCCGACAUUCCAGGAGUUACAUGUCCAAAUGUGGAUGAGGUCAGGAACGAGAGCAGCCUGGUCCAUGCUGAUGUGGAGAAACUAGGCUUAGGUGAGGAAGCCCAGUUUGACAUGGACAUCUGAAGCCCGUCUUGGAGAAUACUUGUGAAUUUUCCCCAGCGAAGUCAAGAAAUCCAGAAUGAGGGAGGCUUGUAGAAUAGCCUACACUUCACAAUUUUUUUUUCAGGACGGAAGGUCCGUUACCUUUUUGUUAUUGUUGUUGAUGUUCUCAUUGAGAGAACAAGAAGAGACUUUCUGUUACCGAUGGAUGGAAAACUCUGUGGAGGAGCCUGGGAGAGGAGGAAAGCCUGUGCCUUGAUUCUUGUGCCUUGUUCACUGACACCAGAGCUCCCAAACAGGGGGCUGCAUUAAAGGACAGACAUAAAAUCAUGUUGGAUUUGGGGGAUUAAUGUAGCCGUGGGUCCCUCUUUACGCAUGCCCCUCUUUUUAUGCACCAAAGUGAUUUGCAGAGCCAUAUCUUUAAACCAAAAUAACACUUUUCCAAAGCACCAAAUCUGGCUUGAUGGCAGUACUGAUGGGAGGAAAGGAAACCUGAUAAUAAAAAGAAAAGGCUUUUGGCUCAUUUCUCCUGUUUCUCUCCGCGUCUACUUCUUCUGGUGCUUCAUCAAACAAAUUGGUUGGUGCAAACUGACUGCCGAUAUGAGUAGUCAGUUUCAGUCUUUCUUUCCUUACGGGGGAAAAAAACAGCCUUUGUGUAUAAAAUGGUUCAAACAAAAGUGGCUUUUCAAAAACUUUUUCACAAAGUAUUUGAAAUGCUGUGGAGAGGUGGGUAGCUUGCACUAUUUUUUCUUUUUCUUGAAGGGCUACGUAAAUGCUCAUGUGGAUCUAUGCACAUUCUUUACUGUACAGUACAUUUAAAAUAAAGAAAAGAAGAAAAGAUUA